CGUACCGUGGUUCGUCCCACUCGCAGUUAGGCACUAUAUAAACAGAAACCCUACACUGCCCCCCCUUUCCACCCCUAUUUCAGCGCUGACUCGCCAUCUUCGGUUCUUCUGGAAUCUUUCUACAUGCUUCACACUUCUGUGAGCAAACACGGCUGAGUGUGGUAAUCCAAAAAAAUGGCCUCCGUCACAUCCCUGGAUAAGGACUUGCGCAAUCUGCGCUUGUCCCGCUAUACCCCGCAAGCAGCCGCGGAAGUCCGCAGCUGGAUCGAAGAAGUGCUCCAUGAGAAACUCCCGGCAGGGGAUCUUCUGGAAGCCCUGAAAGAUGGAGUGGCUCUUUGCAGACUCGUAAACCUCGCCGUAUCGCCGGGCGUCAAAUACAAGCAGUCAUCCAUGCCGUUCGUGCAGAUGGAAAACAUCUCGCACUUCCUGCGCGCCUGCCAAAUGCCUCCUCUCAGCCUUCCCCCGCAUGACGUAUUCCUGACUGUCGAUCUCUACGAGGCCAAGGACCCCGCCCAAGUGCUCCAAUGUCUGACCUCGUUCAGCCGACGGGCCAACGCUCUCCAGCCCAGCAAAUUCACCUACGCCAUUGGACCGCAGUCCAAGGGCAGCUCGCUCAGUCCACAUGUGACAGGGUCCAGUCAGGGAGGUGCCUAUACCCCCACCAAGUCUCUUGGGUUGGGCGGUAGCAAUUCGGGUCGUUCCAGCCCAGCGCGAUCUCCGCAGCCGGUCAGCACCUGGAGCAAGAAGUCGGACGAGCACAGCACGGCCCCGGCCUGGAACAUCCACCAAUACGGCUACAUGGGCGGAGCCAGUCAGGGCAAUCAGGGUGUUGCGUUCGGCGCGCGGCGCCAGAUCACCACCGCCGCGCCCCACGUCCCUAGUCUAGCGGAGAAGGAGAAGCGCCGGCGGGACGAGGAGGAGAGAAGACGGCUGCAGGAGCUGGAGGACCAGCGACGCCGCCAACAGCAGCAGGAAGCCGAGGAAGAGCAGGCCCGUCUCGAGGAAGAACGCCGCUGGGAGGAAGAGACGGCGCGGACGCGCGAACAAGAGCGCCUGCAGGUGGAGGCGGAGCGCCAACGCUGGGACCAGCAACAGCGCCAGUGGCAAGAAGAGGAGGACAAGCGCCAGCAGGAGGAGCGCGAGACGGAGGCACGGCUGGAGAAGGAGCGACUCCAGCGCCGCGAAGCGCAGGACAGCCGCCUCAACGGCCAGUUCCUCAGCCAGUACCAAGCCAGCAUGGUCGCCGGGGCCGGCAAACCCGCCGCGACGUCGGAAUCCCAGGAGCGACACCGCAUCCGCCAGCUGGAGCACGAACUGGAGCGAGCCAAGGAGCGCGAGCGACAGUACGAGCGCGAACGGGACGAUGCCACCCGCGCAAAAUCCCCGGAGACCGCACGGAGCCCGCGCGCGGUCCCCGUGCCUCCAAAGCCCAGCUACGAUCUCUCCUCUCUCGAGCAAGAACGCAGACUCCUCCGCGGCGAGUGGCAGAAGCACCACGACAACGACCAGCAAGACAACAACAACAACAACAACCUCCCCACUCCCAUCGCCGAGAGCCCCUCC